AGAUCCUAAAAUCGAGCCCAUGAGCCCGUGAAAAGACGCGCUUGUGUCUUGAGGCUGUUGUUUCACAGCAUGUUGGUGUAUGUGGCUACUACCCUUGUGGGUUUUCUGGCCGUGGUGCUGUUUGUCAUCUUUGGCGACAACAAGAGGAAAUACAAGUUGGAGGAUGAGCCGGACAAGGUGCCCCUCAAUGAGGAGCCUUGGGUUCCAAGCAUCGAGGUGGCUGACUGGAAGGAGGCCAAUGCUGCCUAUUCCAUGUGUCCUUGGAACUUCGAGGGCUGCGAAAGCAUCGAAGAUGUCUUGAACUGUAUAUGGAAGAAGCCUGUGCCGAAAGACUUGCAAGUGGGUUUCGCGGCUUUGUUGCAAUCGGUGCGGCACAUCAAUGUGGCACUGGUGAAGUGUGGUGCCUGGAAACAGACACACUUUUGCAUCAUCUACACCUUGAUCUCUGGCGCCGAGCUCUUUGGUGGUGCUCCUUCCGAGCAAUCUGUUGGACUGGAGUUGGAAGAGGAAGUGGUGGGCUUGCGCCGCCGCGGCCAGGCCACAGCGAUGAAGGUGUCGGAGCAUGAAGAGAAUCCAUUGCCCUGCAUCGCAGCCUUCUUCCGCAUCCACGACGGCUUCGGCACGCUGAUGUCGCGGAAGCAUUUGCCCUUGCUCCUCGAGACGCCCGGUGACACGGUGCACGGGUCCUGUUUCUACGUGUACCCGAUGAGAGGGCUCGAACAAGUGCAUUCGCGCCCUAGUCUGUUGAAGGUGGCUCGUGUGGAUCGCUCGUGUUUUGUGGCAGUGGACAGGACCAUGUUGAACUUGGCGGCAGCGUUUGGUGGAGGUUUGUUGAUGAGGCAAACCUGGGACGAGAUCAAACUCCCCAGGUUCAAGCGGAGCAAUGAGACCAGCAGUUUUAGGCUCUCAGUCCGCGUGGUGGCCGCUUCUUGGGCCAUGGCGGAUGCGCCCAUCCCCGCCCCGCCCCCCUUAGAUGUGGCACCGGUGGCGCAGGUCCCUGGGGUCCCCAAAGCCCCUGUGGCAGCUCCGGUGAUGCCAGGUACCCUGCCACCACCACCUGGGAUGACAGGUCCAGGACCCAACUUGGGAUUGCCAUUGCCGCCACCUCCCGGGUUGCCAGCUGGCACCCUACCAGGGAUGCCACCUGGGAUGCCUGGCCUACCUUUGCUGCUGCCCCCAGGGAUACCCGGGGUUCCUGGCGGACUGCCCGGCUUGCCCGGAACGCUGCCCCCGGGCAUGCCGGGGCUGCCGCCGCUGCCGGGCUUGUUGCCGGGCUUGGGGCACCUGCCACCGCUGGUGUUGGUGAGGCCACCAGGCCCUGACAAACCCAUGGAGAGGAGGAAGGAUCCACCCAGGCGGAAGGAUGUUUGGCCCGUCUUCGUAGGGAACAUCUCCUUUGACACAACUGAGGAGGAGGCUGGGGGAAAGAUGGUCUUUGCCACGGUGAAAGAUCUCUUUGGAGAGAUCGAAGGCAUGGUUUCCUGGCGCCUGUCUAUCCAAAAAGAUGGCGUCAGCCGGGGCUUCGGCUUCGCAGAGUUCAAGACGCCUGAAGGCGCGCUGGAAGCGAUCAAGAAAGUGGAUGGUAUAGAGAUCAAAGGUCGAAAGUUGCGGCUGCGUUGGGGUGAGAAUGCACCCACCACACCAGAGGUGGAUGAAUUCCAUCGGGCACCUGAGCGUUUCAAGACGCGACCCUGCUAUGAGGUCUACAAGAAUCUCACAUGUCCAAGAGGUGAUGAUUGCCCUUACGCACACUCGCAAGGGGAGAUUCGCCAUCCGCGGGAUGAAGAGAAACAAGAGCCAAAGCCCAUUGAUCCGAAAGAUUUGAUCAUUCGGGUCUUUAUCCCCAUUGACAAGUUUGAGGGCGAGACGGAGGAAGCCAGGCGGCGAAACGCCUAUUUGGCCAUCCUGGGUCCGGGCGCCUCCAACGUACGUGGCAUCAUGAAGAAGGCCAACUGUCGUUUGCAUCUGCGUGGUGUUGGUGCACCCGGGUCCAAAGAAUCCGAAGGGCUGCAUCUGGUGGUGAAUCCCAAACUGGGUGAUGGUGAUGUGGUCACCCAGGAACAACAGGAGCUGGUGAAGCGAGCUGUGGAUGAUAUCGUGGAGAAUGGCAAGCUCCCCGAUGCCAUUGAGGUGCAGAAGAGCAUCUCUAAACCCAACAAUUCACACCAGGAGAGGUAUCGCAGUCCCAGUCGCAAGCGUUCCCCGAGCUACAAGCCACGUUCGCGGUCCCGGAGCGACCGCAGCCGCCGGAAGCCGCCGCGCCGGCGGAAGCAGCGCCGCCGGAGCGAGCCCCGGUCCGAGCCCAGAGAGGACCGCGACCGGCCCCGGGAGGACCCCUGGCGAGGUCGGCCGCCGCCGGGCCCCGGCUGGGAUCCGCACCAUCCGCCGCCGCACCUGCCGCCGCCGCACUGGGCACCGUAUCCGCCGGCGCAUAGUCCGUAUCCGCCACCCAUGCGGCCGCCGGCGGGCUGGAUGGGGGCUGGAUGA